AUGAGAUUGUCUUGUGUGGAUUCAUUGCGAGCCCGCAGGGUAUACGCAGGUGCUUAUGCUGAGAAAAUUAUUCGCGACCAAGAAGAUGCUCAAAACUUAUUCUUCGGGCACGGCCUUUUCUUCUUCCCGAAUUUACAGCCUUUUGUGUUCGCACAGUCCCAGUAUCUCGACCAGGAUUUCAAAACCGUGCCGCCCGAUGCUUCCGCACCCGACGCCCAUCUUGUUUCAAAUACUCCCGACAUCGAAAUCAUACAUAUCCCCUACUAUACUUGGGAGUUCCGGAAGAUGAAGGACGACAAGGGUGCCAUGCCUUUCUUCUGCGUAUUGCUCAAGCCGCACUUGCGCGGUGCGGUGCGCCCGACGUCGGUCGACUCCUGCGCCCGCCCGGCGUGUGACCUAACUUCUCUGAGUGACGAGCGGGACUGGUUUAUGCUGCGUAACGCUAUUCGACUCGGACUCGCCAUAGCGUGUAAGGCCAAGGAGGGUGACUAUUCUCUCUAUGUCAUGUUGCAGCCAGAAAGCGAGACCAAUGAUGCCAUCUACACCUUCGUGCACAAGAGUAUUCGCAUGACGUUUCACUACUCAUUGACGUACCGCAUGGUCCCCGAGGCUGAAGGAGGCAUCGUCGAUGAUGAGCCGCGUAUGUACGGCAUUGAAGAUUUGCGCAUCGCUGAGGCAAGUAUCUUCCCAACUAUACCCGCAACACACCUUCAGGUAUCCACGGCGAUGGUCGCUGCACGGUGCGCGGACUUCCUCAAGAACGCUCGGUCUUCGAAGUAA